GCCAGGCUCUGCCCAGCUGCUUUCCCAGUCCAACCAGUUCACAGACCGGUACAGCCGGUGAGCUGCUGGAGAUGCCAGAGGGCCCCUCAGUGAGGAAGUUCCAGCUGCUGACCUCCCCUUUUGUGGGACAAGUGGUGGUCAAGGUGGGGGGGAGCAGCCAGAAGCUCAAUGUCAAUGACUUGAAUGCCCUGAGGCUCCAGGACUCGCAGGUUCAUGGCAAGAACUUGUACCUGGCAUUUGUGGCAGCUGAAGAUCCCCUUGGACCAACUGCAGAAGAGACAGCGCUGCAAAGAGGGGCUGCUUGUGGGGCACACUGUCCUGCCCAGGGACAGCAGGGACAGGUUGGUGCUCCACAACCCCAUUCCCAGGAUGAGGAGCUGCAGGAACCCCAGCACUCAAGAUCUGAAGCCCCAGAGGCAGCAGAGGGUCGGGGCAAUUGGCUGCGCGUCCACUUCGGCAUGUUCGGCAGCGUCCGGGCAAACGAGUUCUCGAGGGCAAACAGAGCCAAUAAAAGGGGGGACUGGAAGGAUCCUGUGCCCAGGCUGGUUCUGCACUUUGAGAAGGGAGGCUUCCUUGUUUUCUACAACUGCCGGAUGCUCUGGUGCUCCUCUCCGAGGGCUGACCCUGCUUGUGACAUCCUGUCUGUGGAAUUCCAGCGUGGCCGGGCGCUGCGGGCCCUCUCUGCACCCGAUCCCAUCUGCUACACUCUCCUAGACCAAAGAUAUUUUUCAGGCCUGGGGAACAUCAUUAAAAACGAGAUCUUGUACCUGGCCAAGAUCCACCCAUUAACACCAGGCUCCCUCUUGGCUCUCUCAGAUCUGCAGCGUCUGCUGGACUGCGCCGUUCAGUUCAGCUCUGAGUGGCUGCACAACAAACUGUGUGGCCAAGGGCUGCACCCCCAGGUGUACCAGAAGGAGCAGUGUCCCCUGGGCCAUCCCCUGAUGAAGGGCACUUUUGGACCCUCGGGUGGCUUCAAGAGAUUGACGUGGUGGUGCCCUCAGUGCCAGCCUGCAGUGUUGCCAGGGGAUGGGGAUCCUUCCCCAGUCACUGAGUGACCUGUCCUGUAGGGUGCUGCCUGCUCUCUGAUCCAUAUUUCAUUGUCCUGUGGUUAUUGUGAGGCUGUUGAGUUUGGUUCUUAGGGAGUUGGCAGAGUUAAGCACUCAGUGGAGGUCCCCUGAGUGGCUGCAGAAAGGAAAAAGUAGAUUUCCAAUUUUUUUGUUGUUGUCGUUGUCAGGGUGGCACAGCAGUGUAAAGCUGUGAGGUGUUUUGGGUGGGAAGUGGUAAAGGGUUGAGCAGGGGAUUGCUGUGGUCUGAAGUGACCCUGUCCCUUGACCCUGGAGGAGUCAGCAAAACAGAGGAUAUCCCUGUGCCUAAACAGCUUGAUUAAUUAGGAAUUAAAUAAUCCUGCCUCUGUCUGGAGCUGAGUGCCUGUGUGCUGAGCUGUGAUUGGGUGUGUUUAAACACAUUCCCUGUGUCAGAUCUGACAGGAACAUCUCCCUCCUUCCAUGUCAACAUAUACAAAAUAUACUCCAGCGAUGCUUGGUGGAGCUCAUCUCUGCAUCCACAGGCUUCAGCUUUGUGGCAAACUGCCAAUCCAGAUCUCACUGUAAAAAUAAAAAAAACAGUUGUGUGACAGUGUUGCUAAAACUCAGGAUCUCCAAGGAAACCUGAAAGCAGAAAGGUUUGGAAAUAGAGCUGUCUUUAUACACUAGGUGGGAGCUGCUGCUAUCCU